CCUGCGAAAGGCCCUUAUAGUACGAACAAGACUCAUACGCUUUGGAGAAGCCGGAUUGAGGAGCAGGAGUUGGCCAGAGGCUCUUUCCAUCUCUGGUGGUGCAGGAUGACAUCUUGUCUAAGCCAACUGCCUCCAGGACCAAACCACCCAUGAUCUCAGGCCCACUCACAUUGCAACAUGCAAAUCUUACUCAAGCUCAAAACACUCAGGCCUGUCUGGAGCUGCCAAUCACUUUGCAGGGCAUUCCAGAAUGACAACAAGAGGUUUACUUCACUUGACCUUUCACAAUACGAAGCUAUUAACCGGGGUGACAAGGAGGUCCCAGAGUACUUUAAUUUUGCAAGUGAUGUGCUGGAUCAAUGGUCCAAAGCGGAAAAGGAUGGAAGCAGGGCAUCCAAUCCAGCCCUCUGGUGGAUAGACGGCAAAGGGAAGGAAGUGAGAUGGAGCUUUGAGGAGCUGGGAGUCCUGUCACGGAAAGCGGCCAAUGUGCUCUCUGGCCCCUGCGGUCUGCAAAGAGGAGACCGAGUGGUUCUCAUUCUGCCGCGAGUCCCAGAAUGGUGGCUGCUGAAUGUGGCAUGCAUUCGGUCAGGGAUUGUGUUCCUGCCAGGGACACCUCAGCUGACGGCCAAAGAUAUCCAGUACAGACUCCAGGUUUCACAGGCCAAAUGCAUCAUUACUCAUGACACCUUGACCCCUGCAGUGGACUCCAUUUCGUCUUCUUGCCCCUUUCUGAAAACAAAGUUGCUGCUCUCCGAAGGCAGGAGGGGGGGCUGGCUGAACUUCAAGGAGCUGCUUGACGUGGCCCCUUCUGAUCACAGCUGCGUGAAAACCAAGAGUGAUGAACCAAUGACGAUCUACUUCACAAGUGGAACUACUGGGUCUCCAAAAAUGGCAGAGCAUUCCCAAAGCAGUUUAGCUCUUGGAUUGGCAUUAUCCGGAAGGUCUUGGCUGGAUAUAAGGCCUUCAGACAUCAUCUGGAACAUGUCCGAUACAGGCUGGGUGAAAGCAGGCCUGGGGAGUGUUUUUGCCCCAUGGCUUCGAGGCAUCACCGUCUUUGUACACAGCAUGCCCCAGUUUGAGCCGAGAGAAUUCCUAAAUACUCUCUCCCAGUAUCCAAUAACGACAGUGUGCAGCGCCCCGACAGCCUAUCGCAUGUUGGUGCAGCAUGAUCUCACCAGCUACAAGUUCAAGAGCCUGAGGCACUGUUUGACAGGAGGGGAGCCGCUCAACCCGGAGGUGAUGGUGCAAUGGAAAAGGCAGACGGGUCUGGAUAUCUACGAAGGCUAUGGACAGACUGAAGUGGGUAUUAUAUCGCAAAAUGAGAAAGGGAAGAAAAUUAAACCUGGGUCCAUGGGUACACCAGCUCCACCAUAUGAUGUUCAGAUUAUAGAUGAAAACGGCAAUAUUUUGCCUCGUGGGGAAGAAGGAGACAUUGCUAUUAGAAUAAAAUCCAAGAGGCCAUUUUGUUUCUUUUCCCGCUAUGUGGAUAAUCCAGAGAAAAAUGCUUCAGUCUUCCGUGGGAAUUUCUACAUUACUGGAGACAGAGGGCUAAUGGAUGAAGAUGGAUAUUUGUGGUUUGUUGGGCGAUCCGAUGAUGUUAUCAUCUCUUCUGGGUAUCGUAUUGGGCCUUUUGAGGUGGAAAGUGCUCUGAUUGAGCACCCAGCAGUGGUCGAAUCGGCUGUGGUGAGCAGUCCAGAUCCUGUCAGAGGGGAGGUGGUGAAAGCUUUUGUUGUCUUAUCUCCUUCCUUCGCAUCACACAACCCUGAGAAGUUAACCCUUGAGCUGCAAGAACAUGUCAAAAAGGUGACUGCUCCAUACAAAUAUCCUAGAAAGAUGGAAUUUGUCCAAGAGCUGCCAAAAACCAUCACAGGCAAAAUUCGAAGAAAUGUAUUGAGGAAAAAGGAGUGGGGACCCAUUUAGUUCUGUGCUGAGGUUAAGGCAAGAGUUCUCCGCCAUCAGCAUUAGGCUGGCAUUUAAAAUGAGUAGAACCAAGUGUGUGCUAAACUGUGUUAGUUUUAAGAGUAUUUAGGUCACAAUGUGGGCAGAUGUUAAAAGUGAUCACCUGAUUCCAAACUAUUUAAUGGUACCUAACACAGGCAAGGUUCAGAUUAAAAAGGACAAGCAGGGGCUGCAACAAGAUGUUGUAGCCAGUGGGUGCUCGGCUCUUAUCAGAAGUACCCCAGUUCAGGGUUCCAGGAUAUGAUUAGCUGUAAGAGUGGGGUGAGCGUAAGCAAUUCCCCUAGUGUUGCUUUUUUAAAAAGAAAACAGAUUUUUCUUUUGUACUUUUUCUGCAACCUUUGAAGUUCCACCAUUUGUGACAGUCACACCCUUUUGUUUCCCAGUGGUCCCGUUUUGGCUACUUUCCUGUUGGCACUUGUCACCUGUGUUUACUAUUUAGAGGAAGUGUUUUGUUAGAAGGCUUCUCUGGGCUAAUUUGUCAUGUAAGAAUAUGGGUGGUGCAUACAAGCCUAGACCUGAGCCUGUCAUUUAAAAGAUGCCUUAUAGCACAGAUAGGGAGCCUGUGGUCUUCUGGAUGUUGUUUGGACUCUGGCCCCCAUCAGCCCCAGCCAGAAUGGCCAGUGAUCAGCUGGCAAUGGGCAUUGUUGUUUAACAUCUGGAAGGCAACAGGUUCCCUGCCCUGCCUUUGAACUGACAUAGGAAGCUGCCUUACACUAAGACCUUCUAGCAGACUUUUUUUAGGAUGUUGGACAGGGGCCUUUCGCAGCCCCUCCCUGAUGUCAGGGCUUGAACUUGGGACCUUCUGAAAGCAACACAUGCUAUAAGCUGUACUAUUGAACUGCAGGGAUUGGGCUAGAUGACCCUUUGGAUCCCUCUCAACUCUACAAUUCUUUGAUUCUGUGAUCCAAGAGGCAAUACUGAGCUAGAUGGAGUCUUGGCCUUAUCCCACUUCAUGUAUUCCUUUUAUAGAAGACAGCAACAUUACAUUGAAACUGCUUGUUCCUUUUUUAAAAGUCGUAAUUUUACAAAGUAUACUUAGUCCUCGACCAAACAAAAAAAUCACAGAGGAAUGGCUUCAAACUGAAACAAAAUCAGUUUAAUAAAAAAACCAUGUACAAAAACAAGACAAUAUACAAAACAGAAUCAUUAUUUUUUUAACCUGUCUCAGAUGUUCUUCUACUACAAGGAUUCUUUUCUGAGAAGGAAAUUCCAAAUCGAAACUAAAGCCAAACUCAUGCAGGCAACUUGUUUUAAAAAACGAAGUUUAAAAUGACACUGCAAGACCCAAUUUGAAAAAGAACGCUUCCCAAGCCCCAUACAACACCUUUGAUCUUAGAGGAAAUACCCACCCUCUCCCCGCAAAAAAUGCUUUUUGUAGCUCCCCAGCAGAACUAAUGCUCCAGGCCUAUUUUGUCACUUCCCCAGGCAGGCAUUCCCCCUUAAACUUCCCACCUCUAGUUUAACAGUGUAGCCCAGUGUUACUGGAAAAGUAGAUGCAACAACCCCACACUGGCUGCUGCAGGGAAGCCCUUUGCUCAUAAAUGCAAGACACUGGUGCUGCUCUUUUUCCAUGGGCUACAGAAACGAAUGCGAGACUACCAUGGCCAGCUCUCCUAGUUUUCAAGGGUUAGAAGAUGAGGCAUCGCUGCAGCAUUCCACCUAUGUGGGUGCUUCGGGGAGGGGGCAUACUAUGUAUCUGAAGCCAGGGUGGGAAACCUGUAUGUGGGUUCAUUAAGCAACAUUCACCAACACGCUGCUUGGCACAUGGUGGCUAGAACCCCCCAGGUCUAGCAGGAGGACACAAUGCACCCACUGGCAGAGAUGGUGGAGAACUGUGUUGGUCUGUUAGCUGCCAGACACAGCUAAUGCAAACCCAUAAGCUAAAGGUUGCCCACCUUGCCUGUGGAAACAACUCCAAAAGGAUUCUUCCCAAUCUCUGCAAACACAUUUCAAUACAGUUUCAUUUCUUUCUCAACUUACUCGCAGAUCAUCUGUCUACUUCAGGGCUGGGGGGGGCCUGUGGCCCUCCAAGUAUUUCCUGGACUCCAGCUCCCAUCAGCCCCAGCCCAUGUGGCCCAUCAGUCAGAGAUGAUGGGAGCUGUAGUCCAGCAAAAGUUGCAGGGCCACAGGUUCCCCUCCUGUAAUCUAGCUGCUAAUAAAUCCCUACCAACACAUAAGGUAUAUACUACCCACGAGGUUUUUAUAAAACUUGUAUUUUUUAGGCAUUAAAAAAAACAAAACCCUGCUCCCUCUCCACCACACACUGCUAUGGUUUAGGAAGUGUUUGUCCCAGAUCCUGAAUCAACUCUGGAUUCACAAUAGUUUAGAAAUCUGAAGCAUGUAGCCAUGGCCAGGCCAGUGUGAAAAUCUGAUUAUGGCUUGCAUCAGUUCAUUGGCUUGAA